GUCGGCCGGUUCCGCCGUUGCGCACUUAUCAUAUGAUAAGUGACAGUCGUAAUAAUGUCAACGUCGUCGUCGAUCGAGUCGGCUUUGCGUUUCCGCGCCGAUCGUCUUCAAAACAUCAGAGUGACCCAUGACGGAACAAUUGCACGUCGUGUCAAUACUACGUUUUUCACAAGAGGGUUGGUCUUUGCAAAUCGACCAAUUAGAAUCAACGAAAAAGUCACAUUCAAAUUGAUGGAGGUGGCGGAGGGGUUGGGUGGUUUUGUUUAUGUAGGGUUCACGUCACGUGACCCUGAGAAUCUACAAGGGGUCACUUGUCAACAUUUGGCCAAAGGUUCGGGAUUUUGGUCGUGGUUUUUCCCCAAAGAUUUGUGUACACGAAGUAGUUUGUUUUUUUACGUUGGGGAGGGCGGGGAUGUGCACUAUGGGGUGGAUGGGGUGGAGAAAGGCGUGUUUGAGGGCGUGGUGCGUAUCAACCAACCUCUUUGGCCUUUAUUUGACAUUUUUGGGAAUUCAAGUGGCAUUAGAUUAAUCGAGGCGGAGUCAAGAGUAUCACGACCUAAGUCACGAACCAAUAGGAAAUUAAUCCCGAUGAUGUUACACGAAACGCACAGCCAAAACGUCCGAAUUGUUAAAAAUGUGGCCCAAAGGCUCGACUCGAAAUAUACUCAAGGGUACAUUUUCUCGAAUCAACCAAUUAAAACUAACGAAAGUAUAGUGAUUCAUAUUUCGCCCAAUGGCAGGGGUAGGUUUCAAGGGUUUGUCCAUUUGGGCGUGACAUCGUGCGAUCCCGCCCAUUUAUCUCAUGACGACCUCCCCGAUAAUGUCAAUUCGCUCGCUGAUAGGCCCGAAUAUUGGGUACUGAUCUGUGAUUUCUCCAAUUUGAAUUGUGGGGAUGAAAUCGGACUGGAGUUGGCGCAUAAUGGACCAAUCACGUUUCAUCUCAACGGCGGCAAAUUUAAAGGAGUGGUUCAUGUUGAUGCGACCUUGAAACUGUACCUUUUUGUUAAUGUUUACGGUAGUUGUCAAGACAUUCAUUUGUCGACUUGUGCGGAACAAAGCAAGGUCGAGGAGAAAGAGUGCGUAGUGUGCUAUGAUAACGUCAUCGAAGCGGCUCUGUACAGGUGCGGACAUACGUGCAUGUGUUUCGAGUGUGCCGUGGAACAGUGGCAGGGCAAGGGGGACGGGCAUUGUCCCUUAUGUAGGGCUGUGAUAAGGGAUGUGAUAAGAAUUAAUAAGUGAUUUGAGACGAAUUAUGGCCGAGUUCCGGUUCCACUCCAUCCACGGUGCCAACAUUUGCCUUUCGGGCAACCAGCAGGUCGCUCGUCGCCUCCCCGGCUACGGUAAAGGCCUCGUUUUCAGCAGUCGCCCUGUCAAAAUCAACGAAAAAGUCUCCAU